CUUCUUCUCCCUGCGAAACCCAACUUUCAUGAUUGCGGAAAUAAAUAUGUCUUUGACUAAAACCAUCAAACACCUUCCCUGCACAUUCAUAUUCAGAGCCAUUACGACAAUCUCACAGAACCCUAACUUAAGAGACCAAACCCAUCAACAAAAUGAACCACCGCCACGACAGCAGCAGCAGCAGCAAGAUCCUUAUUCAUUAAUGAAAGAAGACCCAAUUCAGGUAUGUAGCGAAUUAUGGUUUCGGACAUUUUCGAGCCAAAUUAACAAACCCUUUACAAAUCUUACUGGGUUUUUGAAGAAAUUUGAUCUAUGGGUUUUGGCUUAUCAACGUUCUUGUGCAGAAGAAACUGGUUCUUUUCCACAGAGGAAUGCUAUUCAUUCGAACGUCUUAAGCAGCCUUCUCUCUUUACAAAAUGCAGUUUUACAUGGUCAUUUUGUAUGGGGAAUGAAGACACAUCCCUUUAUUCGUUCUCCAAAUGAUAAACCUAUUACUAGAUUGUUUUCAAGACGUAAACUUCUAGCCAUGUUACAGUCUGAUAAACCUUGUUUUCAAGAUCGUAUAGUUCAAGAGGUUUUGUUGUUGAUUUUAGAACCUGUUUUUGAGCCUCGGUUUUCAUCUAAGUCUCAUGCUUUUCGACCUGGUAGGAAUGCGCACACCGUAAUUAGGAGUAUUCGUAGUAAUUUUGCUGGAUACCUUUGGUUUUUGAAAGGGGAUUUGAGUGAGAUUUAUGAACAUGUGGGUAAAGAUGUGUUAAUGAAUUGUUUAGAGAAGGGUGUUAAGGAUAAAAAGGUAUUGAGUUUGAUAAAAUCGGCAGUUACGACACCAAUUAGGACGAGAACUAAACUUAAUAAAGAGGUGGACAGAACUAGGACGCGACCUAAAUCAAAUCAAGAGGUGGAAAGAACAAAUAAGGAGAAGAAGAACAAGAAGAAGGGAACUAGGAGGAAAAUUUUGAACGAAGAUGAGCCAAAACCUGAUCCAUAUUGGUUAAGAACCUUCUUUGAUUUUGCUCCUGAAGAAGCUAUCAGAGUCCCCUGGUAUGGUCACUGUGGAAUUUUGAGUCCAUUGCUUUCUAAUGUAUGUCUUCAUGAAUUGGAUACGUGGAUGGAAGGCAAGAUAGUUAAUUUUUUCUGCCCUUCUAAGUUUGAUUCAAUCUGGAAAGAUACGAUUGACGAUGGUAGUCAUAAUCCUGCAUGGCCAGAGUUUGUCCCGUCGAGUGGGAAGGAGAAAACAAGGAAAAUGGAUUUUAUUCGAUACGGGGGGCAUUUCUUGGUUGGAAUUCGAGGCCCUAGAGAGGACGCUGUAGAUCUCAUGAAGGAGCUAAUUGAAUUUUGUGAGACAAAAUAUGGGUUAAGAUUAGACAGUUCAGAAUUUGAAAUAGAACAUAUCACUAGGGGAAUUCAGUUUCUAGAUCAUAUAAUAUGCCGCCGAGUGAUUCACCCAACACUUCGUUACACUUCAAGUGGAGGAAAAAUUGUAAGCCAAAAAAAAGUUGGAACCUUGCUUUCGGUUACUGCUAGCUUGCCACAAUGUAUUUACCAGUUUAGGCGGCUUAAAUUUGUUAAGGGUGACAGGGAUCCCCAGCCACUACCUUGUACCGCAAUGCUCUAUUCAAGCCAAGCACAUACUAACUCCCAAAUGAAUAAGUUUCUCGAAACAAUGGCAGAUUGGUACAGGUACGCAGAUAACCGUAAGAAAGUGGUGGGUUUCUGUUCUUAUGUGAUACGCAGUUCCCUAGCUAAGCUUUAUGCAGCAAGAUAUAGAUUAAAAUCGCGGGCGAAGGUUUACAAGAUUGCCACACGUGAUCUUAGUCGUCCACUGAGAGAGAACCAUAACAAUGGGGCGUCUGAAUCUUCAGAUCUUUUUAGGAUGGGACUUGUUGAUGCAAUAAGUGGUAUUCAGUUCUCACACAUGUCAUUGAUUCCUUCUUGUGAUUACACCCCAUUCCCCAAGAAUUGGGUUCCUGGUCAUGAGCGAGUGUUGCAUGAGUAUACAAGAUUGCAAGACCCGAAGUUCUUCUGUAAGUUGCAUAGAUCAGUGAAACAAGAAGGUUUAGAUUUACCUCAGGAGGAGAUAUCCAAGAUUGUCUGGGACUUUAAGACUUGUGGAGCUCGAGGGGGUGGGAGCUGUUAGAAGGAAUUGGAUCAAGCAGCUACCAAGCUAACACUUUUGUGAUCUCAAAUGAAUUUCUCUGCAAGAAAUUCCAUCUUUUCGUCAGGUAUGUUGCCAUCAUCUGCUAAGCAUCUUAGAAGAACCCACUGCGUUGUGCUUGCUAAUGGAUGGCAGUUUCAUUGAAGAUGCAGAAAAUGCCUACAGAUUCAUUAACAGAGAACAUUAACAAUCAUGGCAAAAACCUUUCUUUUACACCAUGCAUUUCCGGAAGAUGGUUGCAUGUUGCAGAGAGAUGCCAUGGAGUCAAGAGUUGUAGGGUUUUUACAAGAAGUCUGCUUCAUAUCGGAAUUGUAUGGGGAGGUUGGGACAAGUUUCCGGAAGAGGCUUAUCAACAGAUACAGAAUUAAUGUACUAGGAAGAGGAACCAUCAACUCCGAGUGCAGACAAGAACACUGAAAAUCUUCCCAAGGUUUUGUGGUGUCACAAUCACCGAACGGUGGAUGGAAAAUGGCAGAGGUUUCAGCAAUUCCAACAAGAAGGUGUGGAAGAACCUUCGCCGAAACUGAAUAGUAAAGAGGCUGCCAACAAGACAACUCUUUGUGCUGUUUUUCCGCUUACAGAUCGUCCUCUAAGAUACAAAUCACUAUUUUCACAGAGCUGGAAGCUGGUAACCCCCCUUCCAUGAAGUCCUAUCAACACACUAAUCUUCUUCUAAGAUCUCCGAGCAAGCUCCCCUUAUGCAGCUCUACUACUACUGAUAGGGAUUCUUUAACAUCUGAACACUCUUUGAUUGAAGAAAUCAAUAUCUUUAUCUUAUUUUUGUCUCAGAAGAACCUAAGAAGUGAACUGAUUCGGGAGUAUUCUAAUUCUCUAAUCAAGCAAUUUCAUUCUGCUUUAAGCUAUUUUCCUUGGACAAGCCUCUACUUCUUAUACUUCUUCCCCUUAGAUUGGAGUCUUAAUCCAAGACUCCUCCAAUUUGCCCCUGCAUCUGCAAAUGGGGAUGGAGGUGCAAUAUCACCAGUUUGCUUCGCAGUACUAUCAGUUGGUUGGGCAGCUCCAACUCCUUGCUCCACUCCUUGAUUGGGAUCGACAGGCUCUGGUUCAGGAAUGGGAUU